AACUCGCUCGCUCCCCUCAAUUCUUCCCUCUCCCGCAGCACCAAAAGAAGCAUUUUUGCUCGAAAGCCACCUGCACACACGUACCAUGGCGGCAUCAGCGGCCUGCUCCUUCUUCUUCGACGCCGAGCAGCUCGGCGAGCCCGGCAUGCCGGCGAUGGACGCGUGCGCGCUCUGCGCCAAGCCGCUGGCGCGCGACAGCGACGUCUUCAUGUACAGAGGGGACACACCCUACUGUAGCGAGGAGUGCCGCCACGAGGAGAUGCACCUCGACGCCGUCUGCGCCAGGCAGGCCGCCCGGAGGCUGCAGAGGUUCUCGGCGGAGACGGAAUCCCACCGUGGGCAGCGGCACUCCAGGAAGAAGGUGUCCGUCGCAAGCUAACUGGCCGGAGCGCGUGGGCGAGGAAAGUGUUGUUUGAAUCGACAAGAUCGGAAUUCUGAAGAAACAACAUCUGUAUUCUGAAGAACCAUCGAUGUCUCCGUCUCUCCGGCUGGUGCUCUAGCCUAGCCACUAGCUACGGAGGCAAGGCAAGGCAGCAUCAUCAGGCGGCACCAAGCAUAGGUGUCUGUAGCCUCCCAUAUCUUUCCAUCGCAAGCUGAUUAAGCUGCGCGGAUGGUGGGAAAUCUGUACUUGUUCUCGGCCGGUCUGCGCUGUGCCCAUGAAUUUGAUUUGGUUCGAACCGGAAUAGAAAAGGCCAUGGAUCUGAAGAAAGCAAUCAAACAUGAUUCACAUUUUGUUUUAA